AUUUAUAAAUACAAAUACACACACUUCAUCUCCACCUUUUUCCAUCUGGGGUUAAGCCUCUGAGUGAGAAGAGCUGCGGAGCUCUUCAUAAACCCUAAUUCCUCCAUUAAUGGCGAUUUUGGCAACAAAUUCAUAGCUCAAGCUUCAGUCGUUCCUCCAAUGGCAGCCACAAUUCUCCGGCGCACUCUAAUCUCCUUCUACUCCGCCACCAAUUCCUCACUCCUGCUCAAAUCUCAUUUCUCCGCCUCCCCCUAUUUCUCAACUACCGCCACAAAUCCGCCGCUAGACCACCACAGCGUCACCAAAUUCCUAAUCGAAGACCACCGCCUCUCCCCGGAGGCGGCGGCGCAGAUCGCCUCCCGCAGCCGCAUCAGGAACCAACAAGCCGCCGAUUCAAUCAUCCAAUUCCUCAAAAACACCGGCUUCUCCGACGCUCAGCUGGAAAAAGUCCUCAAAUCAUCGCCGCAGCUCCUCUCCUCGCACCUCGAGGCCACAAUCAAGCCGAAAUUCGAGAUCCUCCACGGCCUCGGGUUCGCUCCCGCCGACAUUUCCGAGAUCGUCGUGAAUCAAUCGCGCCUCCUCAACUACAGCGCGCCGCGGAUCUCGUCCUCGAUCGUGACGCUGAAAUCCGUGCUCGGAUCCGCUUCCUCCGCCGCGAGAUUCCUCAAAACCACGGGGCUGUUUUUGAGAGACAUGGAGAGCACUCUUCUCCCCAACGUCGAGUCGCUGAAGAGCUGCGGCGUGUCGACGGAUCAGAUCACGACGCUGAUGUGCCAGAAUCCGCGAUUCUUCUUCCACAAACCGGAGAACAUGAGGAGAUUCAUCGAGAGAGCGGAUCAAUUAGGAUCGGAUCGGAAAUCGGGGAGAUUCAUCCACGCGGUGAGGAUCAUCAGCUCGAUGACGAGCGAGACGUGGCGGUUGAAGCUGGAGGCGCUCCGCGAUCUCGGAUUCUCCGACGAGGACAUCGCGAGGGCGUUCAGGAACUCGCCGAAGGUGUUCGCGACGUCGGCGGAGAAGAUGAGGAGAGUGGCGGCGGCGGUGGAGGGGAGCGGGGUAUAUGAUCGGAGGAGCAUUGCGGAGACGCCGAGUGUGUUCCUGUACAGCUUGGAGAAGCGGAUAUGGCCGCGGCUGAAGGUUUUGAGAGCGCUGGAAGAGGAGAAGAAGAUGAGGAGAGAGAAUUGGCCGAGCCUUGCAACCGUAGUGUUCAUGAAGGAUGCCAAGUUUUUGCAGAAAUUUGUGAGCCCUAAUUUGGAUCUUGUUGGGGGCUUUUUUGCAGAGAUUUGACUUUGACAGCCCUGAUUUGGGGAUUUUUUUGUAGAGAUUUUGUGAACCCUUAUUUUUGGGGAUUGGUUAUGAGGUGAAGAAAGGUGGAAAUUGGGGAUGAUUUUGGAUUUGCAUCCGUUUUACAAAUUGUUACUACUUCAAUAAUAACAUCGGCUUUCAAUUUGUAGCGAAA